CACAGCAGAAGGGAAAAGACAGCAGGACGCACACUUGCAACACCUGCACCUGGUCGCUCUAUUUCCUCCCGCGGAGUGAUAUCCCAUCCGUAGAUGCCGAAACUUUGAAGGAUUUCGUUUGACUAAACUGUUCUCUUUUCUUCUCCUGAACGUGGACGUUUCCCUCAAAAACGCUGAACAAAAAAAAAAAGAAGAAAAGGAUUAUUUCGCCUUGCCUGGCCGUGACUCCCCACAACUUUUCGUCAAAAGAGUUCAAAUCCAAGAUUUAGAUCUCUGUGGGCUACCUGCAUGACUGUUACUAUGACAACAUCUGGAGCCCAACUCCUCCUGUUGGCCUUCUGUGUUUACAAAGGCUGGGGCCUUCAACAGUCAGCGCCACGGGUUCGCCUCUCUUUCAAAGAACUGAUGGACACUCGGGCUGCACGACCCUUCAGUUUUUCCUUUAACACCAGUGACUACAGAAUCCUCCUGAUGGAUCAGGACCAAGGCCGCCUAUACCUGGGCAGCAGAGAGUACCUGGUGGCUUUGGAUAUGCACAAUGUCAACAAAGAGCCUCUAAUAAUUCAUUGGCCAGCAUCUGCAAAGCGAAAGGGAGAAUGCCAAAUGACUGGAAAGGGAAAACAGGGUGAAUGUGCCAACUUUGUGCGGUUGAUUGAGCCGUGGAACCGCACCCACCUCUACACUUGUGGAACGGGAGCUUACCAACCCAUCUGUACAUUCAUCAACAGAGGCUGGAGGGCAGAGGACUACCUGUUUCGAUUGGUCUCUGGGUAUGUGGACUCUGGGAAGGGAAAAUGUUCCUAUGAUCCCAAACAGGAGAAUGUUGGAGUUCUUAUUGAUGGUAACCUGUAUGCGGGUGUCCAUAUUGACUUCAUGAGCACGGAUGCGGCUCUGUUUAGGACAAUGGGAGGGAGAAGCGGCAUCAGGACGGAGCAGUAUGACUCCAGGUGGCUGAACGAGCCAGUGUUUGUUCAGAUACAGCAGAUCCCUGACAGCGCAGAGGGGAACGAUGACAAGCUCUACUUCUUCUUCCGCGAGAAAACUUUAGACUCCAGCGGCGGUGCAAGCCCUAAUGUCUUAGCCAGGGUAGGGAGAGUGUGUCUGAAUGAUGAAGGAGGCCAGAAAUCUCUGGUGAGCCGCUGGACGACGUUCCUUAAAGCUCGUCUUAUCUGCUCGGUGAUAGGAGAAGAUGGAGUGGAGACACGAUUUGAUGAACUGCGUGAUGUAUUUAUUCAGCCGACACAGGAUGAACGAAACCCAUUGGUGUUUGCUCUCUUCACUACAGCAGGGUCUGUGUUCAAGGGCUCAGCAGUCUGUGUCUACUCAAUGGCUGACAUCCGCAACGUUUUCAACGGGCCCUUUGCCCAUAAACACGGCCAUAAUUACCAAUGGACAGUGUACAACGGCAAGAUUCCAUAUCCUCGGCCAGGAACAUGUCCAGGAGGAACCUUCACCCCUGGUAUCCGCUCCUCCAAGAACUUCUCGGAUGAGGCUGUCAAUUUCAUCCGGGCCCACCCCCUCAUGUUCCACCCUGUGUACCCCAUCCACCGCCGCCCCCUGGUGGUGAGAACUGGCGUGGACUACCGCUACACUGCAAUCGUGGUGGAUCAGGUGGACGCAGUGGAUGGACGCUACCAGGUGCUCUUCUUGGGCACAGAUCGAGGCACCGUCCAGAAAGUCAUAGUUUUACCCAAAGACCAAACCAGUAUGGAGGAGCUGACACUAGAGGAAGUUGAGGUUUUCCGGAGCAGAGCUCCUGUCAAAACUAUGAAGAUCUCUUCUAAAAGACAACAGCUGUAUGUGUCAUCAGAUGCAGGGUUGACUCAGGUGUCGCUGCACCGCUGUGGCGUGUACGGUAGAGCCUGUUCUGACUGUUGUUUGGCCCGAGACCCAUACUGUGCCUGGGAUGGGGAAAGCUGCUCUGCCUUCACUCCAUCUACCAAGAGGAGGAGCAGAAGACAGGACGUGAAGCAUGGCGAUCCUCUAAGGCAGUGCCGAGGCUUUAACGCCAAAGUGGAGAAACGUUUGAGGGAAACAGUGCAGUUUGGGGUGAAAGGCAGUAGCACCUUUUUAGAGUGUCAGCCUCGCUCUCCUCAGGCCACAGUCAAGUGGCUUUUCCAGCGGGAUGGGAAAAGAAAAGUGCUCAGCCGUGAAGGAGAUGUUUUAAAGACCAACCACGGUAUCCUCCUGAAGUCCCUCAACGAAUCGGACGCAGGUGUGUACCACUGCCUCGCCACAGAGAACAACUUCAAACACACGGUGGCCCGCGUGGCUCUGCGCGUCCUCGAUCGAGACAUCGUUUUGGCUCUCAGCGCUCGGGACGACGAAGGGGAGGAUCAUAAAACUCGCAACGCGCGACCUUACCCUCAGUCAUCGCUGAGCUCUACACCGUUCCCACCUGAGAUCAGACUGAUUAACCAGUACUGCCAGUCUUAUCGGGAGCAAUUCAGUCCCCAACAACCACAGCGCAAGCGUACCAGCCGGCGGCACACAGAAGGCCAGGAACAAGGUCCCGGUUAGGAGGCAUGAGCCUGUUUGGACUUAAUUGGUGUUGUUCAUGCAUGUUUGUGCAUCUCCUGCAUUCAUUCGACAGGUGAUGCUGUCAUGCUGUUUAAAGUACCAGAUUGGUGGUUUUGUCACAUGUCAGGCCAGCCAGUUCAUAUUGUGGACAUCACACACCACUAGCGCAUUCCAGUCCUUCCAGUGCGCGUGCCGUACAGUUAAAGUCAUACUUUUUUUUUAAUCUUUUGGGAAACAAAAUGUAAAACCCUAGCAGUGGUCGGUGGUUAUAGCAACAAUUGACUGCAUUGUUAAAUUUCCUCAUAGACCAACUGAAAUCUAUUGUUGGGUUGCAACGAUGCAACCUAGAAGCACUUCCCGUUUUUUUAUGCAUGGUAAACGUUUCAAUAUGGCAACCGUUCAGUUACGUCCGGAUGCAUAGAUGUCACGGUAUAUUUAUUCUAAAGUUUAGAGGUGAUAAUACAAGAACGAUAUUAAAAAAAUAGCACAUCCAUCUAUCUAUUUUUUACCGCUUAUCCCUCACGGGGAUCCCAGCUACACUCGAGCAGAAGGCAUAACCUUAAAAAGAAAUACUUUUCACAAGACUAACGAUUCAACAAUUCACCAACUUCUUAAAAUAUUUGGUUUAUCACACUUCCUUCUAAACUCUAAAUGAGUGGAAAAGUAUGUAGAAACAUAGUUUUUUUGAAUGAGUAAACAUUAGGCCAUGAAAUAUAAUGUUGGACUUUAUUAUACUAGAUUUAUACAUGUGUAUCCCAUAGCAACGAUAUACUGUAUCUCGAUAUCGACAAACUUUUACAUAUAACAGAGAGCCUUAUAAAGUAAGUAAUAGGCCUAAGAAAAAAGUAAUUUCUGAAUAACAAAGUUGGUGGAAGGUAUUUUGCAAGGUUUUCUUGAGGCUAACAUUGCUUCGUAUGAGUUUACCAUUACAAAUCAAACACACAAAUUAAUUAUGUGUGGAAGAUACCCAAAUAAAACUGCUUGUAUGUAUAUAGAUAUAUGGAGAAUAAGAAAAGUAAAUAGGUUUUUAAAGUUUGUUUUGAGUUCAUAGAGACAUUUUAAAAAGUGGUGACCGUUAACCUGAUUGUGACCCAUUGUUGCUCCACUCGCAGAGAGUCACAGCAGCAAAUUUCUCUGCUUUUUUUUUGUUUUACCAACUUUUUUCACUUAUUUAAUGACGAACUAUCAGAACUCUGGAACAACCAUUUGUACAGGCGAGAACAGUCUCCCCUCGCCACAUCUCAGAUUUUUAAAAUUGUGUUCUAUGGUAUUAUUUAGCAUAAAUUAAGCAUUUUCCAGCAGGAAAAUUGCUAAAUGACCAAAAAAUAUCAAUACUACAGUAGUAUUGGCCAUUAGAUGAAACCAAACUAAUCAGAGGUCGCUGUUCAGUAUUGUGGCCACUGAUUGGAUCAGCCUCAGGGAGCAUUAGUUAUUGGAAUAAGAGUGUAAAGCUGACUAAAGAGUGUUAUUUCAUGUCCACAGGGCUCUCAUAAUGUUGAAAAAUAAUAGUAUUUAGAAUGUAGUAAACAUGUUUUUAUGCACUAACUAUGAACAUAUUUGAUUUAUAAUUAAUGAUGCCUACUUUGCCAGAAUUCAUUAAUCACCUUCAUGUCUGGAACCAAUUAACAGCGAUAAACUAGGGAUGCUACAAUUGCACUCUGCGUUCAAUUGACUUAGGAAUACGGUUGUUUGCCCCCAAGCGCUUGAGCCUAUGAUUACUGCAGUGGGCUGUGACAUCACGUGCAACUAAGCAAUAGCAAAAGCACACAUCAGGCAUCUGUUUACUAUUAAUAAACAGUUUUCUCUCACAGCUGCAUGACUCCUAUGACAUGUGUAACAAUAAAGUCUGCACCAUUGUGUCAUAUUCAGACGUCACUACACUGCAAGCUACAGUGCAUCGGGAAAGUAUUCACAUCGCUUCACUUUUUCCACAUUUUGCUAUGUUACAGCCUUAUUCCAAAAUGGAAUUAAUUCAUUUUGGUCCUCAAAAUUCUACACAGAAUAUAACAAUGUGAAAAUGUUUUUUUUUUCUAAAUUUUUCUAAUUUAUUAAAAAAAAAAAAAAUACAAAAAUCACAUGUCCAUAAGUAUUCACAGCCUUUUCUCAGUACUUUGUUUAUGCACCUUUGGCAGCAAUUACAGCCUCAGGUAUUUUUGAAUACGAUGCCACAAGCUUGGCACACCUAUCUUUGGGCAGUUUCGCCCAUUCCUCUUUGCAGCACCUCUCAAGCUCCAUCAGAUUGGAUGGAAAGCGUUGGUUUUCACUUGAAGAUGUCUCUGUACAUUGCUGCAAUUAUCUUAGUCUAGUCAGGGAGGUGACCAAGAACACGAUGGUCACUCUGUCAGAGUUACAUCGUUCCUCUGUGGAGAGAGGAGAACCUUCCAACUCUGCAACAAUCCACCCAUCAGGCCUGUAUGGUAGAGUGGCCAGACGGACGCCAUUUCUUUGUAAAAUUUUGCCAUAAUGCACUUGAAUGACUCUCAGACCAUGAGAAACAAAAUUCUCUGGUCCGAAAGGACAAUGAUUGAACUCUUUGGCGUGAUUUCCAGGCAUCAUGUUUGGAGGAAACCAGGCACCGCUCAUCACCAGGCCAAUACCAUCCCUACAGUGAAGCAUGGUGAUGGCAGUGUAAUUUUGUAGGGAUGUUUUUCAGCGUGAACUGGGAGACUCGUCAGGAUUGAAGGAAAUAUGAAUGCAGCAAUGUACAGACACAUCCUGGUUGAAAACCAAUGCUUCCCAUCCAACCUGAUGGAGUGUAAAAAUAUGAAUUUGUAGUUUUAUAUUUUAAAUAAACUUUUAAAAUUCUCAUUAUGGGAUGUUGUGUGUAAAAUUAUGAGGAACAAAUGUGGAAAAAGUGAAGCGCUGUGAAUACUUUCUGGUUGCACUGUAAUAGGCGUUUUUUGAAAAUAUGACUGACUUUCAUGUAUGGGACAAGAAGGUGGCAACGCAAAACCACAAGUGUGGUACUUUUAAGUAUAUGGAAACAAAUGUAAUAUAUUGAUUGUGAAUAUAAUAUAUACCGUCAUGUAUUGUUGUAUUGUAUGAGGAUAUAAUGAUGGUGUAAAUGUUGCAUGCUUCUGUAUGUUAGUUGCCAUUGUUCUUCAGCCUUGCUGUUUUAAUGUUUAUAGGGUGUAAAAUGUUCAUAUUUUACUGUUAAGCUAAGUAAACUGUACUUUGCGCCCCAUGUCCUGUCCUCUUGUGCCCCCCCCCCCCCCCCCCAGUAUGUGAGUGGUGAGACGUACAGUGACCUUUCAGUUAUGCACUUUUUCAGUGGUGGUGGGUUAUUUGGGAUGUUUGCACAGAUGUAUCAGUAAGUUAAAUUUUUUUAAUGUACAGUGUAUUGUUAUAAAAAUUGAGAUGAUGUUGA